AUGUCCUCGCAAGCCGAUCAGUCGUCGGUUCCUCCCUCUGCCUCCGCAACUGAACCUCCUACGCAGCCGACCGCCGGUCCUCCUCCCCCUCCUCCUCCUCCUCCGCCGCCGCCUCCACCUCCAUCCGAAACCACUUCGCAGCAGCCACAGCCUCCUGCUCCAACCGACUCGUCUGCCUCCACGACCGACCCUGCCAGCUCCUCGACAGACCAGUCCUCCGCAACCGGCAGUUUGCCUCUUCUGAGCUCGUCCAUCACUGCCCUCACGCAGCAGACUGCCUCUGCAACAUCGUCGCUGCCCGCCAUUGCGGGAGCCUCGGCUGCGACAUCGGCCCCUGCGCCCGCCCCUGCUGCAGCUUCCGGCCCGUUACCCAUUCCUGUCAUCAUCGGUGCAGGCGUUGGCGGCCUUGCUGCUCUCAUCCUGGCCAUCGCCGGUGUGGUCUUCCUCAUUCGCCGAAGACGGCAGUCCAAGCGCACCAUCGACUAUGAAAUGAAAGUGUCCUCUCCUGGCGCCCCCGGCACCUCCACUUUCUACCAAAACCUGCAGGACAGCGACAGCCCCUUCGCUGCCGAGUCCUCGAAAAUGCCGGGACCCGCCAUCGGCCAGGACAGAGAUGGCGGCUACGACCACACAAAGUCCAUGAUCAUCGACAACUAUGCGUCUUAUGAGAACCCGAACGACUCGCCCAGCGCCCCGAACCCCAUCGGCCCGACUGUCAACAGGGCUGGAAAGUCCACCGAGCGGUCCGGGCCCCAGGGCGGCAGCACGGACAUGAAGACACGAUUCCACCGUCCCAUGAAUGCCGCCGAGUCGGCUGCACCAGAGCUCUCUCCAGUCCGAUCGCAGCAACAGCAACAGCAACAGCAACAGCAACAGCAACAGCAACAGCAACAGCAACAGCAACAGCAACAGCAACAGCAACAGCAACAGCAACAGCAACAGCAACAGCAACAGCAACAGCAGCAGCAACAGCAACAGCAACAGCAACAGCAACAGCAGCAGCAGUCCCAACGCACUGACCAGUCUUACACUGGCGCCUCUCUCACAGGCGGCAUCCAGCACGAGAGCAUGUAUGCCCAACCCCAGGCCCAGGGCUCGUAUCCCGGGCGCCUUGGGGUCGAGUCUCUGUACAGCCUCUACUCGGACCCGUUUGUGGGUUCAGAGCCUGCUGCCGGCUAUGGCCAAGAUCUGGCUCGCGACUCGUUUGCACCUCGGGGUACUCCAGCCCAGAACCAGCAGCAGCAAUUCCAGCAACAGCAACAAUUCCAGCAACAACAACAAUUCCAGCAACAACAAUUCCAGCAACAACAACAAUUCCAGCAGCAGCAACAGUUGCAUGAACAACAUCAGUACGGUAUUUCACCCACCGCACCAAACAUGCCUGGCAGCGCUUUAGGUCGCAACCCUACCGCCAAGAUUCUCCGGGCCGGACCUGCCCAGCCCGCCGCUGAAGCCCGAGACUCGUAUAAUCCGCUCCAGUACCGCAGCGGCCGCUCUACGGGCUCGCCUGCCCUCCAAGGCCUCGCCGACAUGCAGCCCCGGACGCCAACGAGCCCCAUUCGCCCUUCGCCGUCCCAUGGCUCGCAUGCCGAUUCCGAGCAUUUCGAAGCCUUUGGGGUUCCCAAUCGACCACAGGCCCUCUUCCGACAGCAGAGCUCUGGCGGCGCUGCUGUCAACUCCCGUGUCAGAGACCAUUUGCCAGAAACCUCGCAGGACGGACAGCGCGGCCAGAACAUGUCUCCCUCGAGCCCGAUGCGCACACGUUCGCGAUCGGAGACGCUUUCGGAGGCAAGUGCCCCUGGCGUCGUAGCUGGAGACUACUCGCAUGAAGCCUUGCCCUCGCCGGCAUUGUUCGGACCGCGUGCGCCGCUGCAGAGCAGUGCCUCAACCUCGGUGUCGCCGCCUUCGCCCUAUGUCGGCUCGGCGAGCUCCAAGGCCCGCAAGCAAGCAAUCGGAAGCCCUCGUCCAUCGCUGCGCCCAGCCCCGCCCCCGCCCCCAGCUCCGAGCAUCAACCGCGAGCAGCAGCAGCUCCAGCAAGCCGUCGAGUCGCGCCAGCGAGCCCUGAGUCACCAAUUCCCCUCCAGCAUCCGCUCCGCUGAUCAACAGCAAUCCAGCGACCCUCCCAACAUCUAUGUGGCCCAGAAUCGCAACCGCUUCCAAGCCGAGUGGGCCGACGAUGAUGCCUAAUCCGAUGAAGGGAUCAAAUGCCCCCGCCUUUCUCGGACUGCAAAUCUGCGACCGGCCUCUGAAUCUCAUGACUCCUAUGCCUGGCCACCUUAACUAGAGCGCCCAGAGCAAACUCCCUCCAGGCCUGUCUAGAGCAGGCACAGUCCAAGUGCCUUGUGUCCUUUGCCACUACAAGUUUCACUCUUC